UCAUGGUGUUUCAGACUUAACCCAGUUAAUUGUUAAUUAAGGAAUUCUGCUUAUAAAAAUUGUUUACUUGGGUGGCUUGAAUAACAUGUUUCAAGGAUGUAUAAUUUUAAAGGUGUAGGUGCUCAUUCAGCCACAGAGAACUGAAGAGCUGCAGAGGGAGAAAAACAUCUUCCUGGGGUCAAUCUGAUAACUAAGCUCCUCCAGGCUUAAGAGUCUUUCCCUAAGUCUAUACUUUCAGAUCGUUAAAAUGUGCUAGGUUGAACAUGCCAGAACUUGUGUUGUGUUUGCAGAGCCGGAGGGGGAGGAAAGGGGAGACCGGGCAUGGAGGCGGAGGCAGAGGCACGUGAUUAGUGCAAAGAAAGUAACAGGUGCGUACAUCCUGGAUUCGCCUCUGAUUUCCCGGAAGUAUAGCUUAGGUGUAGUUAGGUUUCUCCAAAGGGAAAAUGGAGUUAAAGAAGCCUGCACCAAUCUCCCGCGUGGUCCAAUGGCUGGAAACUCGGGCUCUGCGGGCCGCUCUCCCAGUUCUUGGGGCCCUCCCCACCGCUUCCCUGGCAGCUUUAAGGUCCUGCCCAAGCUUACGGCUUUAGGGCAGAGGCCGAGUCAGCAAUUAGGAACUCCACCAAACCGCUCCUAGACAGAAGCCUCUAACCUCUCAGUUCUCGCGGCCUCGGAAGUGACGUGACAGAAACGGAAGGGUCCUCCCUGUUCGCCCACUUCCUGUUGAUCAAAGGGGAGGUGGAGGCGGAGGAAGCCGUAAGGGGGUGAGGAGGGCGGGGUGGCCGAGGCCGGCGCGUUGAUUGUGUAGGGCGGCCUGGCGCAGCGCCCGAGCGGCUGAGCUUGUGGGCCGGGUGGCGCGAGGUGGCCGUCAUGGCGAUGCCGGAGAGCCAGCUGAAGAAAAUGCUGAGCAAGUACAAGUACCGAGACCUAACUGUACGGGAAACUGUCAGUGUUAUCACAUUGUACAAAGAUCUCAAACCUGUUUUGGAUUCUUAUGUCUUUAAUGAUGGCAAUUCUAGGGAGCUAAUGAGCCUUACUGGAACAAUUCCUGUGCCUUAUAGAGGUAACAUAUACAAUAUCCCAAUAUGCCUGUGGCUGCUGGACACAUAUCCGUAUAAUCCCCCUAUCUGUUUUGUUAAGCCUACUAGUUCAAUGACUAUUAAAACUGGGAAGCAUGUUGAUGCAAAUGGAAAGAUCUAUCUUCCUUAUUUACAUGAAUGGAAGCAUCCACAGUCUGAUUUACUGGGUCUAAUUCAAGUAAUGAUUGUCGUGUUUGGAGAUGAACCUCCAGUGUUUUCUCGUCCUACUGUUUCAGCAUCCUACCCACCAUACCAAGCAACAGGACCACCAAAUACUUCCUAUAUGCCAGGUAUGCCAAGUGGAAUGACUUCAUACCCUCCUGGACACCCUCCAAAUCCCAGUGGUUUCCCAGGUUACUCUUACCCACCAGGUGGACAGUACCCUCCAACGACAAGUUCACAAUACCCUUCCCAACCUCCUGUGACCACUGUUGCAGAUGCCAGAAGAAAGCAGAAGCAGGUAUGGAUUUGUGGUCAUUCGUAUGUUUUCUGGGCAGAAAAACGGGCACUCAAGAGAAGCUUUGGUCCACAGCUGGGCAUUCGAGUGGAGGAUGCCAAACUCCACUGGCUAGGAAAAAGUGGCAUGAUGUGGGAUCAAUUAAUACCCACCUUGAUUCAUGCACGGCGGCAUCUGCCAGAUCCUGAUGUGCUGGUGAUACACCUGGGUGGCAAUGAUCUGGGAGCAAUAAGAUUGUUGGAUAUUAUGAUCCGAAUUAAGAAAGAUUUAGGAUUUAUCAAGCAAAUGUUCAAGAACGUCAUUAUAGUGUGGUCCAACAUUGUGCCCCGAAAAGCAUGGAACCAAGAAAAACCUCAGAAGGUUAUGUAUAAAUGUAUGAAGAGGGUCAAUCUAGAAAUGAGCAACUUUAUGAAGACGAUUGGAGGAUGUGUUAUCAAGCACGACACCCUUGUACCAGCAUCUCCAGGUUUAUUCCAUCUAGAUGGUGUCCUUUUAUCAGAGAGUGGUACCGAUGUCUUCAACCUGGAUUUGCUUAGUGUUUUGGAAACUCUGAUUUAACUGAGGGAAAUUUUUUUUGGGUGGGGAGGGUGGGGGAAGAAAGGCUAAAAUGGAUCACUUCUGGCCUGGUUACCUGACCCAAAGUAGGAAAAUGUUGUUUGGACAACUCGGCAGGAAUUUCCACUAAAACAAGGGUAUCUUUUGCCCUUGGAGAGACUAGUAUGGCUACGUCAUAUCUAAAGGACAGUUCUUUGGACUGAUUUAAUUCCCUGAAGGGAUAGUGGUGCUUUUGGCAAAAAUGGCAGAAAAGCAUUGAUUUCUCCUUUGUUACAGUGUAAUGCUGUACCCAAAUGGAAAGUUGUGUUUUCUAACAGGACCUGUUUGAUAUGAUUUUUUUUUUUAAUUUCUUUUUUGGUGUAUGAAGUAAUGCUUGUAAUUUAUUUAAAGAGAUACUGUCAAAUAGGUUAGGACUCAUAUUUUUACAUACAACUCUUUUUGGUAUGUCCUGAGUUAACAAAUAACUACCUGGUGUUGGAAAUCUGUUUUGAGUGUCCUGAAAUACAUGGUGUCUACUUUUUAUAAUUUCUCUUGAACACUAAAAAAAAAAGGUUGUUUCUUUACCAUUUGUACUCUAUUCCAGUUGCAUAAUCCUCCCUGUUUCUGACAUGACUUUAGCGUACUUUGGGGCUGGGUUUUGUUUUAUUAUUCACCAGUAUAUCAAUAAUGGCAUUUAAGCUCUGGCAAUAGUACUAUUGGAUAGUCACAUUUGUUUUUUGUUUUUUGUUUUUUAUCAACCCCAUACCAUUGAUGUCUCCCAUAGUGAUAUGUUUUUCAUGUGUCACACACAUAACAUAUGUAAUUUUUCUAGUUAUUAGGCCUACAUUUUUUUUUACUACAUUACGCUACUGAAGAUUUCUUGCAUAGUGAUCUUGAUAUUCAGUAUUUUGAUUUGUGUUUUCCAAGGGAAAUUUUUAGGGCCCAAAUCAAAUUUUACUUUUUGACUAUAUUAAAAUCAUUUAAUUUUAGCCACAAGCGUUUAAUGCUGUGCUAACCAAAAUCAUACUUGUGAAAUGAAUUGUAUAUUUUUUAAUGUACUAAAAGGUUUAAACAAAAUAAAACUAAUUUUAAAAAGAA